UUUCCUUCUCUUCCCAACGGCGGGGCGGGAUCACCUUUCCAGUACUGCCGCACUCACAGUCUCACACUCGACGACAGACCAGAACAGUGACCACACCCACUCGAGUCUCGAGCUCACUCGCCUCCCUUCUCCCCGCGUGUCGCCUCGCCGCCCGCACCGCCCCCAACUCGAUGGAUCCCGCCGCCGCCGACCAGCCGUGCGUCAUCCAGGCUCUCCCAGCCCACUCCCCGUCCUCCAACACCCUCCCGCCCCCGCCCCUAGUCCAGGCCCUCCCGGCCCUCCACUCCCCAGCCAAAGACCACCCAACUGCCUCGGCUUCAGCCGCCACCCCAGCCUCCUCCUUCUCCUCCCCCUCCCGGCCACCCAGACGCCGGCCUCCGCAAGCCCAUCCCUCGCCCCCGCCCGGUCCCACACCCCCGAGCCCCCGCCGCACCCGCUCGGGCGGCGCGCCCGAGUGGACGGCCGCCGAGACGCUCGCGCUCGUCGCCGAGGUCGCGGCCGUGGACGACGGCUGGUCCCGCUCCGUCUCCGCGUUCCAGAAGUGGGCCAUGGUCGCAGAGAACCUCGCCGCCUCCGAGGCCUUCGCCUCGGGGUCCGCGAAACGGCGGGGGCAGGGGAAUAAGAGGGCGGCCGGCGAGUGCAGGCGGCGGUGGGAGGCGCUGACGACGGAGUACGGGGCCGUGCGGCGGUGGGAGGUGCGCACGGGGGGCGGGUACUGGGAGAUGGGCGCCGCCGCGCGGAGGAAAGCCGGGCUCCCGGCGGAGUUCGACGCCGAGGUGUAUGGUGCCAUGGACGCGCUCAUACGGGUCGAGGAGGCGCUUCUUGCGGAUGCGGCUGGCGGUGGCGCGGGAGGGGAGGAGGUGGAGGGGUUGGUUGGCGGUGGUGCCGGAGUUGAGGUGGGAGCAGAGGACAGCGGUGACGACCGUGAGGUUGGAGAAGACGAGGUCCAGGAGAAUGAAUCAGCGGAGGAAGCGGAGGAGGAGGACAAGGAUGAUAGGGAGGAAAUGCAGGUGGAUGGUGCCAAUGCUGAUGCUUCGAAUGACUUGGGUAGUGAGAUGGGAGCAAAUAGCAAACCCGAGAAAAGCCAAAACAAUGCAUGGGAGCUGGCCCACAAGUUACAUGAGAAUGCGCAGCAUAUCCAUACCAUACUGAGCGAAGAGGCCGACAGAAAUGCUGGCCAGAACCAUGCUCUUGCCGGUUCGAUGCCACCUGAUGCCAUGGAGACCACCCGCCAAAAAGCCGAUGAACUCAUCAAAUCACUAGGCGGGCUUGUCAGCUACUUGAACCAGUUCACAGAGCUGAUCAAGGAAACAGGGUUCGAGAAUGUCAUCGGUAUGAGUUGAUGUAUGAGAGGCAGGUUUCCUUGUAAGGAUUAGAUCAUGACUGCUUAUUUUUCAUCAGUGUAGUUUCUCCAUGCCCUCCAUCUUUGUAAUGGCAUUGUUUGGUGCCAGUGGCGGACUCAGAUUUGGCGAUUGGGUAUUUAGUAUUAAAAAAAAAUUGUUCAAUCCAAAAUAC